CCAAGCCAACCGUUUGUUCGGUUGGCUGUCGUGGCACCCGUUGACACUUGCGAACGAUGUUGGUUAUGUGCUAUCCUGACAGACUUCAAAGUCUGAGCCCGCGAUGAGCGAGAAAAACAUCAACUCCGCUUUAGUGCGGAGAGUCAAUAAAUUGCUGGAGUCUAGGGUGGAGCAUGACAAAGACACGUUGGAAGCUUUGAAGGAGUUGUCGACCUUCUUCACCGAGAACACCUUGAACUCCCGUCGAAACUUGCGCAGCAAAAUAGAGAGGAGAAGUCUGACGAUAAAUGAAGAGUUUCUCGCUGCUUUCAAGCAAGUGAAGGCUUCGCUGGAUGACGUCUAUCAGGACGUCCUGGCGAUGAACACGGCCGUGCAGUCCAUGACCAACCGCUUGCAAGCUACGAAAGCGCAGACGUCACAGCUCUUGGAACAGACAACGAAGCUUCAGAAUGAGAGUCAAGCAUUAUCCAUGCAACAGGAAGUAGCGAGAGCGUUUAUCAAAAACUUCCAGCUGUCUUCAUCCGAACUGACUGUCCUGCAUGGAUCAACUAGGGAAUCGCCCAUAACGGAAGAAUUUUUCUCAGUGAUCAACAAAGUACAGGAUAUUCAUGGCAAAUGCCGGGUGCUGAUGCAAUCUGGUUAUCAGACAUUGGCUUUGGACGUGAUGCAAAGGAUGACACUACUGCAAGAAGCCGCGCUGGAGAGGUUGUAUCGGUGGACGCAGACUCAGUGUAAAAAUAUAGAGAAUGACCGUCUCGCGCCACUGCUCAUCAAGGCCACAAGUAAAUUGCAGGAUAGGCCAGUGUUGUUCAAAUAUAUCCUAGACGAGUAUUGUGCGGCUAGGAAGACCGCCCUGGUAGGAUCUUUCAUAGAUGCGCUAACGUUAGGAGAGGGUUUCGGAACGCCGAAUUCUAUCGAAAUGCACGCCAACGAUCCCAAGCGAUACGUUGGCGACAUGCUCGCGUGGCUGCAUCAAGCGGUGCCCGUCGAGAAGGAGAACAUUCUCACUUUGGUGAAAGACUGUGAUAAGACAGAUGUGUCGGAUCAGGUGAAACAGGCGUUGAGUAACAUCACGGAAGGAUUGUGUCAUCCGUUGAAAUCAAGAAUAGAGCACGUCAUAUCUACGGAAGCGCCGGCAACGGUAUUGUAUUCCGUGACGACUCUAAUCAGGUUUUACCGUGCCAUCACCCAGCAAGUCAUACCCGACAGCGUCCUGGAUCAAACCUUAUUGGAUUUACUAGCCCUGAGCGAGAAGAGUUUCCUCAGCCGACUGCAGAGGGAGACGAGGAUCGCUCUUGGGGAACGCGCGGAGCCACCCGGAAGCGAUCUGGUGCCUGCUCCAUCUGUCUCUAGACUAUUGUCACUCUUGAACGAGAUACUGUCCGUCGCCAGCAUAGCCGAAGACAGGGAGAAGGAUAUGUUGCAGAUAGUGUCGUGUAUCAUCGAUCCAUUACUGCAAGAAGUCAACGAGACGGCAUCCCGACUGCCGACUGUGGACAUGGCGGUCUACCUUCUCAAUUGCAUGCAUCAGAUACAGUCGACAUUAGCAUUAUACGAGUAUAUGGAUCAGAGAUUAGAAAGGUUACAGGCACAAUCGGACGCGCAAAUCGACACGCUCACGUCGGAGCAAGCUAGCUCGUUGGUCGCGCAUUUAAAUCUAGGCCCGAUUUACACCAUUCUGCAAGGACGCGAGCAAGGGCCGCUCUCAUCCAUUCCCGGCAUGGACGCCCUCAGCGUGAAGGAGUUUACAAAUAAAUUGGAGGCGUUUUUGGUGAUGCCAGAUGUGCUGCUAUUGCCGCAAAUAGGUUUGCUGCAAAGCAACAACCAUCGCACUGUCACGCAGAAGCGAUCGUUCGAAGUGAUUAGCGCUAUAUACAAGCAGUUGUACGACGCCUGCUACGAUCCAAAAAAUUUGUAUCAAAAUCCCAGCGGCCUCUUUUCCAGGACACCUGAAGAACUUUUGCAGAUGUUAAUUUCCCAAUAAUUAGGUAUUUGUAUAAGAUCUGCAUUAUAGGCGUCAUAUAUUAUGGUUUUAUAUAUAUACACACACACACACACACAUAAUGUACAUAACUAUAAUAAAAAAUACUGAAACGA